AAGUCUACGUAAGGAUCAUGGAUCAAAUUUCAGCUUCUUGGAAUCUACGAUUCUUUGUUAGUAGAUCGUUCAUUUUCCCUCUCCGUGGUAGGACACUAUGGGCACCUAUCAUCCACCUUUAUCGCUUGUCAUAUUAGGGACAAUCUUUAUUGGUCUGGGGCUUAUAGCUUCUAUUGUAAUCGGGCUUGAUAUACUCCUCCGCCGAGGAUGGAGGUCAAUGAUGGGCAUAAUGAUUCCAGUGUACCUCCUCAAUUCGUUAUAUCUUGCACCAAUCACGUUAUGGGUAUACUUCAGUUAUGGCCGGCCAACAAAACCAGAGAGACCCUCUAAGUCAACCGGUGAGCAUCAACAUGGUCAUUGCAAUCCUGGCGGAAAUGGUCAACUAAACCAUCAUGACCACAUGGAGAAUAAAGAACUUGAACACGGACACGACCAGAGCCAUGGCCAGCACCACAGUGAGGUCCACGGGGAAGGUCACCACCACAUGGGCGGCUCAUCACGGCCUAUGUUCGCAACCACAACUGUCGCAGUGUGCCAUUGCGGAGCAGGAUGUCUCUUGGGAGAUAUCGUUGGCGAAUGGCUCGUUUACGGGACGGAUGCCAAAAUCAAUGGCCACCGACUAUGGGUCGCUUUCCUAGUUGAUUACGGAUUCGCUCUUCUUUUUGGAAUUGUAUUUCAAUAUUUCUCCAUCGCCCCGAUGUCAGGCGAUUAUGGUCCCGUGACGAUAUGGCGGUCGAUAAAAGCCGAUUUUCUGUCGUUGACUUCGUUCCAGAUCGGUCUGUACGGGUGGAUGGCAAUAUACCAGAUUCCAAUAUGGAACUUUAGGUUGGAAGUGAGCAAUGUUGUUUACUGGUGGAUGAUGCAGAUCGGCAUGUUCGCGGGCCAUUGGACAGCCGUACCGAUGAAUUGGCUCUUGAUUAAAUUCAAAGUAAAAGAGCCAUGCGCGUGAAGCAAACUACAUUACGGAUACAAUGUGAAGCCAUUCUUAGGGUUCACUCAGGAUAAAGUGUCUCGACUCCAAUGCAUGAUGAUUUUCGACCUGCUUGUAUAAGCGCCUGCAUCUUAUUGAGAAAUUUGCCUACCCUUGAGGUUUCGACGAAAGGACUUACACGUAUCUAAAACUAUUUCUGUAUCGUUGUUUCCUUCCUUAUUGUUAGGUAUGUCCAAGUGGCGAUUGCUUGCAAAAUGAUUGUGUAGUCACAUUAUAUCGAGGAAAGAUUAUCCCCGCAAGUCUAGUGCAUAACACCUUCCGCAGCUCCUUUAACACCUGCCUUUCCACUUCUUAUUCUGAUGAUAUUUUGAUAAUGGUAUUGAAGUGUUUCAUUGCUCACACUGAUAUGUCUUGUUGUCUGCCAAGCCUCCGGCUCUAGUAGGCACC